CUCCCACCCGCACUCAGUAGUCGACUUGUGAAUGGUGUGGUGCGAUCAGCUGUUCUCGGCAUUCCACAGCCCACAUGUAAUUUGAAAUUGCCUCGAAAAACGUAACUACUGUGAUAAACGUUCAAUGGAUUAAUUCUUCCCAAAACCCCAUUUAGAUUCUGGAACCGGCGAAUUUCAUUAGCAGCGGCGAGCACUGUAGCUCUGAUUACUUAACGGUGGUGUUAAUUAACCAUGAAUUGGAUCAGGAUAUCCCAGAUUCUGUGUGUGUUCGGUUUUCUCAAGGAAUUCCGACCUGGAGAGCCUUUUGUCACUGAUUACCUCACCUCAGAAUUCAAAAAUUUCACAUCAAAACAGGUGACAGAAGACAUUUACCCGGUAGGCACCUAUAGCUACUGUGCAUCUCUCAUCCUGAUAUUCCUCCUCACGGAUUUCCUGAGAUAUAAGCCAAUAAUAAUCCUCUGCGGGGUCUCUGGAAUAAUCACCUUCAGUGUAUUGACUUUUGGGAAAAGUUUGGAAGCAAUGCAGUUCUUGGAGUUCAUGUAUGGUCUUUAUCUAUCGACAGACGUUGCUUAUUACACGUACAUUUAUGCCAAAGUCGAAAAGAGGCAUUAUCAGAAGGUGUCGAGUUACACAAGGUCAGCGUUUCUCUUCGGCCGUUUCUUCGCCAGCACAGUGUCCCAGUUGAUCAUAUCGUACCAUCUCAUGAAUUAUCAUCAGCUCAAUUAUCUCACCCUUGGAGGUCAAGUUUUGGCAACAAUAUGGGCCUUAUUCCUCCCAUCAGUGAACCAAUCCGUAUACUUCCAUCGUGCCACUCCAAUUAAAGACUUAAUACCGAACUCCAAGGAUUCCAGCUGUGAAAACCCGAUAACAGCCUUCGGAGCAGAGGUGUCAUGUAACUUGAAAGGUCAUCAGGAGUACGACACAAGGCCCCUCAUUCACAAGAUAAAAACAGCGUAUUAUCUACUGUGGAAGGAUUUUCUGAAAGCUUACACCAGCUUUCACGUGCUCAAAUGGUCAUUAUGGUGGGCAGCAGCAUCUUGUGGUUAUCUCCAAGUGCUCAGUUACAGCCAGCCUGUCUGGCAAACUGCUGUUAAGAAAGAUGAUAUGAUAUACAACGGCGCGGUUGAAGCACUCUAUUCCAUCAUUGGAGCUGCUGUUGUUUUCGCCAUUGGGAAAUUAAGACUAAAUUGGGAUUUUUUGGGAGAAACUGUGCUAGUUGUCUUCACGUUCAUCGAAGCUAUCCUUUUAUUUGUGACUGCUCAUAAUUAUAAUAUUUGGGUGCUUUAUACCUUGUACAUAAUCUUUGGAGUGAUUUAUCAUUCCAUGGUGACUGUGGCCAGCUUCGAAGUCGCCAAGAAGAUAUCUGAGGACAGCUAUGGCCUAGUAUUCGGAGUAAAUAUUCUCGUAUCCCUGAUUUUGCAGACUAUCCUCACGUACAUCGUGACGAGUGGACGUGUUUUUAAAUUGGAGAUUAGGGAACAGUUUGUGGUCUACGCCUGGUAUUUCAUCGUCCUGACAGUGUUAUUCACUCCAGCUGCAAUUAUCACGAUCGUUAAAUCGUACAGAAGAGGGACCAACGUGACGGUGUGGGCUCCAAAGGAUGAUUCCAGCCAAUCAUCUUCUAAUCAGAGGAUCGAGGAACACUGCAGCUAAGUGUGAUUUCUACAGUCAUUCACAACAGUAUUCUCGUUACCAUGAAUAAUGAGAGAGUAGGGGAAUGUAUUAUGCCAUCGUUCAGUAUUUUAUUGAACAGAUGAGCAAACAAAAAAAGAGGAGAAUGUUUUCCUGUUUUGAUUUGUCUUCUGACAAUUUUAGACUGCUUAUUUUAAACGUUAGAAACUGUUAUGAGAAAUAGUUAAUUAAAUAGGACCAGAUUUCUAACUUUUAUAUCGUUGUUACAGUUUACAAGAGGAAAAGUUUUACAAUAAAAAUUCAUGGUCAAUAUUGUUAAAAUGA